UAGUAAAUAAGCGGCGUUACGCUUGCAACUCGCGUCCAACAGAGUCCUGUCAUUUAUUAAGCGGCAGUGCGCGGCAUCGCGCGUGGCAGGCGCCAGGCUGAGCACGGCCACCUGCUCAUGUGACAACACGGAGCGGAGCUAGGCGGGCGCGUCUCGUGCUAGAGGCAGGAUGCGGUGGCGCGCGCGUUCUACCACCUCGCGCGCCAAGGAGCGCGCGAACAUAAGCUUCUUCAUCUUCAUCAUGUUCUUCGCGGUAUUCGGAGUGAUCGUACUUACGGAACUGCUGCUAUUGGAGCGCCCACCACUCGCCUCUUCCAGGUCCCGAUAUAGCGACGACGUGCAGGGAUGGGAAGCCAAAGGCGAUUCAGGCGCGGACGGCACGGAUCCACCGCCACCGGCGCACGCGCCGCUCGACGCUGUCUGGCAGCCAGUCGCCGGCACUCGGUUCAAAUUCUUCGUAUACUCCGCAUAUAUGGAGCGACGGACGGUAGGCGCGGUGCGGAUCAUAGCGGCAACCAAAACACGCGGAGCUGACACCGUGGUCUGUCGCUUGUGGCUGCUGGACAACCGCACGAUUACUGUCAAGGCUAGAGUUAAGCCUAUACGUGAAAAUUGGAACCUCAAGUAUAGUGCGACGUACGUGCUGUGUAGCCUGAGGGACACUGGCGUGAAACCGCAGGAGACUGUUGGUGCGGCAGUGGCGGUGAUGGCUAGCGCGCACACGCAUAGCGCGCCUACCAACCUACUGCCGGUGCUCGACACCACGCCCAAGAGUGGCAUAGAGGAAAACCUACACGUCUGUGUAAAACCAUUCCACUACUCCUACGCCAGGGACGACUGGCUGGUGGAGUGGUUCGAGCUGAACCGUCUACUGGGGGCGAGCCACUUCUACAUGUACAAUGCCUCACUGAGCGCUCCCGUAGCGUGCCUGUUAGAACAGUACCGGCGAGAGGGUCUCGUCACGCUGUUACAGUGGAAACUGCCGCUAGUUUCUAAAGUAGAAAUAAGGACGGAGGGUCAAUUCGCAGCGUUUAACGACUGCCUGUACCGCUCUAUGUCCACGGCGGGCUGGCUGCUGGUGAUCGACGUGGACGAGGCGGUGCUGCCGCGCCGCGAGCGCACGCUGCCUGCACUACUCACUGCGCUGCGUGCUUCAUACAAUACGCCCGCGAAGGCGCCCUCGGCGUUCAUUUUUAGGAACGCCUUCUUUUACUUGCGGUGGGAGGACGACGCCGAUGCGCCGACGCCGCUGCUCACGUCACGGAAGACCCGCCGCUGGGCCGCGCCGCACGCGCUCAAGCACCGCAGCAAGUACGCCGUGCGGCCCAGCGACGCUAUCGAGCUCGGCAACCACUUCCUCUGGGAGAUGGCCCCCGGUGCCAGCGCUGUGGGGGUCGCCACUGACCGCGCGUUGCUACAUCACUAUCGGAUGGCAUGCGAAUUCGGAGGUAUGCAGUGCAUCAUGGUGCCAUCCACAAUCGAUCGCACUGCCCACCGGUGGGCAGAAGAGUUGAUGGCGCGAGUUACAACGGUGAAGCAAAAACUAGACAAGAUCUGCCCAGCAUAGGCAACUGUACAAGGCUGUCGGGAACUGGUGGACAACUAAUGUGCCACUGGAAAGAUUCCGAAAUUUCUACAAAGGAAAAUUUACGAAACUUCUCUUGUAAGGUGAUUGAAAAUUCCCAUUUCCAUUGAAAUAAAUUCCAUGAAAUUUUCCAGAAAUUUCUGGCAAUAUUUCUAACUUUUAGGAAAUAUUCCGCAAUUUGCACAUCAGUAGUGGACACUUGGACAGUAUCUACAAAAAGCGUGUAUUUUUAAGAAUUCUUGAGAGGGUGGUUUACCACUCUUGGAAUAAGUAGGGAUAGUAGGUACCUAUCUAAAUUUUUCAGAAAUUUAACGUAAAAAUUGUAUUGUGCCAAACAAUUGUAAAAGGAAAAGUCGCAGUAGGAGAUAGUACAAAAUCGGAAAUUUAUUAAACAUGGUUCUAUAUAUAAACACGGAUAUUUUAGGAAACACGCGGUGUCCAUCGUCCAUCGGUUCAAGGGCCACAGGGUCCAGGGUUGCUCAAGUAAACAAUAAUUCCAUCAAUUGAUUUAAGAGCCCAUCAACGUGCACACUAACGCAACUGCUAAAUAAUCGUGAUUAUU